GGUGCGCCCAAAGAAAGAACGGACGGAACCCCUCGAAAACACAACAACACCUCCAUUUCAGCUGCUUGCUAGCUAGCUAGAGAUAGAUAGAUCAUGUCACGAUGGCGUCCAGUAGUAUGGACCACCACCACCACCACCACAUUCACAUGGACAAACGUCUCCCUGUUCUGUUUGCUCUUGCCAUCUUGACGUUGCUAUGGAACGGUUGUUUCAUAGACACGGUCAUGCAAACCACGAGAAAAAUGGAGUCCAAAGAAGACAUUUCAUUUUCUCCUCUUUCUCCGUCUUCAUCAGCAGCAAUAGCAGCAAUACAGGAUGUUGAUGACUCCAUAAUAAAACAACCAGCUGAUGCUAGAAUAAAGACAGUAGUGCCGCCACCUGCCAUAAAACCAAUGAUGAAACUUCAGCCUCGAGUUUAUCCACGACGAUCGCGAGACACAUUCCCUUGCUUUCUAGACGACAACAGCAACAGCAGUAAGAGUCAUGAAUGGCGGAAUCCACCUCCAGCAGCAGCACCAGUGCAAGAAGGAUUCUUCUUUCUCAAAACACACAAAACAGGAUCCUCCACCAGUGCAGGAGUUCACAUUCGCAUUGCAAGAAACAUGGCCACAUACCAAACACAAAGAUGGAACAAGACUACAACAACCGCUCCAUCUUCAUUUUCCACAACCUCCUUUUGUCGUGCUCAAUUCGAUCACUCGACGGCACGCAAAAUGAACUAUGGUCAACGAUCCAAGAGUCGUUCCUUCUUGUGGACCAUUCUGCGAGAACCCAAUCAACGGGCCAAAAGUCACUUUUUUCAUUUUGGUGUCUCAAGACGAAAUAUCCCACCUGACCAGUAUCGUGACUUCCUCUUGAACAAGAACCACAAAAAGAAAAGUACAAAUAAUAAUGACAAGGGAUACUAUGUCAAAAUGUUGUCCACGUCGUCGUCAUUGUCAUCGGAACAAGACGAAACCAACAACAACACUACCACAAUGAUUGCCAUUCUGCAAGACAUUUUGGAUUCCUACGACUUUAUUGCCAUUACGGAACGAAUGGAGGAGUCCAUUGUCGCAUUGCAGAUGAUACUGGGACUAUCCACCGCCGAUGUACUCUACCUGAGCGCCAAGAGUAGUGGGGGCUAUGAUGCCGGCGGAGGAUUCGGUGGAAAAUGCAUCUUGAUUCAGAAACCACACAAGGAAUCUCUUGCAAAAGUGGAACAAUUCAUGAGGGAAUCCCCCGAGUGGAAGGCACACGUCCAAUGGGAUCAACUGCUCUAUCAAGCUGCCAAUCAAAGUUUGGAUCGUACCAUUCAUGCCUUCGAUCAGGACGAGUUUCGCACCCACCUGGCGCUCUUUCGACACGCCCAACAAGUCGCCCAGGAGCAAUGCCUACCGCAUGUCCGAUUGCCCUGUUCCAAAGAUCGAGAAGCCAUGGCACCACUACCCGAUGCCAAAACGGACUGUCUCUGGAAAGAUUCCGCCUGUGGGACGGCGUGUCUGGAUCAAGUGGCCAACCAGUUGGGGCUCUGGGCUCACACAAAUCGGACUACCACUACUGCUAUCGUAUGAUGAAAAGGAGCCAUUGACCAGAGUUUUGCCAGGGCGAUCACACACGCGACACAAUCAUAUUGGAUGUUGGAUUGCAAGCUAAGCAUGCAAACAUUUGACUUGCAGGUUCAUCGCCUGGCCCCCACGCCUGUCGCCACAUACAUGAGAGGAGAGGAAUACAUGUACGGUAGAUCGGAUCAAGAUCACAAUUUCCGUGUGCGUCUCUCCGGUAACGAUGUUGCUGCAUUCCUUGCAUCCAGCCGGUGGAAGCAAACGUGCGACUGCACCAAAGUGGGAGUAGGACAGGGUUGGACGCGGACGGGCUUCUUUGCUGUUGACUGACGAUGCCAUUUCGAUCCAAGGCAUGCUCCCCUUUGUUGGUGUUGGACAGUAUGCUUUUGCGGGGGCUGUCAACAAGAAGAUGAAUCAACUGUACAAAAGAGUACUGCAAUAGUAGAAAGUAGGUAGUAAUGUGAUAUCUAGUAGUCUUUGGUUGUUUGCUUUG